CGCUCAACCGACUGAGCCACCCAGCUACCCCGUGUUCUUUCCUUUCUAAAAAGACAUAUUUUGCUUUCUAUUUCAUUCCUGAAAAGGAAGUCUAAUUUGUCACCCCAUAGCCUUUUUCUCCCUCUAUGGUGACACUCUCUUGGUCCGUGGAAAUACUCAUCUAAUCCAUUCAAAGGUGCUGGUGCUGCAUUCCCUUCUCUGGCCCCUCAAGAACGGGACCUGAGUGGUUGGAAAAGAGUUCCAGCCAGUCAAACGGUUGUUGUCUAAUGAGAAACCUAGUACGCUUGUCCUGAUCAGCACCCGGUGAUGUAGGGAAGUGUUGAAUCACCGUAUUGUACACCUGAAAUGAACUGAACUGAAAUUACACUGUAGGUUUGCUAACUGGAAUGAAAAUAAGAACUUGAAAGUAAAUAAAUACAAAAUAAAAAUACUUGGGGGGUGGGGAAAGAGACCUAGAAAAGCUCUUAGCCCUCGUUAGUUGCACGAUCUUUAGCUGACUGACAGCGACAGUCAUGUGAUACAAUCAAACAUUAACUUUGAGUGUAGAUUGGUUCUUGCGACAUAUAAGUAGAGGAGGGCAAACUUUUGGCAGGUGAGAGGCUCGGUAGCCGAUACAGGAGAACCAUGGCAGCGAGGUCCCGGGGCCCACGUCCGCUUGUGCUGAGCCUGCUGCUGUGUGCCCUGAAUCCCCUUCCGUCCCAGGGCGGGAAGCUGUUGUUGGUCCCGAUGGACGGCAGCCACUGGCUGAGCUUGUUCGGGGUCAUCCAGCGGCUGCACCAGCGGGGACACGACGUAGUGGUCAUAGCUCCUGAGGCCUCCGUGUACAUUAAAGAAGGAGCGUUUUACACCUUGAAGAGCUACCCCGUCCCAUUCCAGAGGGAGGACGUGGAAGCGUCUUUCACUGGUCUCGGGCUCGAGGUUUUUGAGAAGAAGCGUUUCCUGCAGCGUGUGGUCAAGACAUACAAGAGGGUCAAGAAGGACUCUGCUCUGCUUUUGUCUGCCUGCUCCCACUUGCUGUACGACGAGGAACUGAUGGCCUCCCUGGCGGAAAGCGGCUUCGAUGCCGUGUUGACAGACCCUUUCCUUCCUUGUGGCCCCAUCGUGGCCCUGCGCCUGGCACUGCCUGUCGUGUUCUUCUUGAACUCACUGCCAUGCGGCCUAGAUUUUCAAGGUACCCGCUGCCCCAGCCCACCAUCCUAUGUGCCCAGGGUUCUGUCCCUUAACUCAGAUCACAUGACUUUCCUACAGCGGGUGAAGAACAUGCUCAUCCUUGUGUCAGAGGGCUUCCUGUGCAAUGUGGUUUAUUCCCCAUAUGCGUCACUUGCUUCGGAAGUCCUUCAGAAAGAUGUGACUGUCCAGGACCUUAUGGGCUCCGCAUCGGUCUGGCUUUUCAAAAGUGACUUUGUAAAGGAUUACUCCAGGCCCAUCAUGCCCAACAUGGUUUUUAUUGGUGGGAUCAACUGUGCCAGCAAAAAGCCACUGUCCCAGGAAUUUGAAGCCUAUGUUAAUGCUUCUGGAGAGCAUGGAAUUGUGGUUUUCUCUUUGGGCUCCAUGGUCUCAGACAUUCCCAAGGAGACAGCUAUGGAAAUUGCUGAUGCUUUGGGCAAAAUACCUCAGACAGUCCUGUGGCGGUAUACUGGCACUCCACCACCAAAUCUUGCGAAGAACACAAUACUUGUCAAGUGGCUUCCCCAAAAUGAUCUGCUUGGUCACCCGAAGGCUCGUGCCUUCAUCACACAUUCUGGCUCCCAUGGCAUAUACGAGGGGAUAUGCAACGGCGUUCCCAUGGUGAUGCUGCCCUUAUUUGGUGAUCAGAUGGAAAACGCGAAGCGCAUGGAGACCCGGGGGGCUGGAUUGACCUUGAACGUCCUGGAAAUGACUUCUGAAGAUUUAGCAAAUGCCCUAAAAGCUGUCAUCAAUGACAAAAGCUACAAGGAGAACAUCAUGCGCCUGUCCAGCCUGCACAAGGACCGCCCCAUUGAGCCCCUGGACCUGGCUGUGUUCUGGGUCGAGUUCGUGAUGAGGCACAAGGGGGCCCCGCACCUGCGCCCUGCAGCCCACGAUCUCACCUGGUACCAGUACCACUCUGUGGAUGUGAUCGGCUUCCUCCUGGCCAUUGUGCUGGGCGUUGUCUUCAUCAUGUACAAAUGCUGCGCCUUCGGCUGCCGGAAGUGCUUUGGGAAAAAAGGACGAGUUAAGAAAUCUCACAAGUCUAAGACACACUGAGAGGUGGGUGGGAAGUGAGGUGACCCAAAGUUGCAACCAGAGGCAACGUUAAAUUUAUGUUAUGCUUAUUCAAGAAAUACUUAGCCCUAAGGGAGAUACCCCCGUGGUUUUUUUUUUAAAUAGAAACAAUCUAGGGGCGCCUGGGUGGUUCAGUCAGUUAAGCAUUUGACUCUUGAUUUUGGCUCAGGUCAUCGUCUCACGGUUGUGAGGUCAAGCUCCGAGUUGGGCUCUGCACUGAGCGUGGAGCCUGCUUGGGAUUCUCUCUCUGCCCCUCCCCUCCCCCCCCUCAAAAAUAAACAGAUAAACAAACUUUAAAAUAAAAGCAAUCUAACUGCUAGUCAGAUCUAGAGGUAGAGAUACUUGAAUAUGUUUUCUGCCCCCUUUAGGAUCUUUAAUUUGGACUACGUUCGUCACUUCAGAUGACUUUCCAGGGGGGUUGGACAGGUGCCUCCUGCACUUCCCAUUACUUUUCUUACUCAGCAAAUGAGGCUUGUUUGGGGGCACAGGUUCCAGGUGGUCUUACCCCCUCUACCUGGAAGGACAGCUCUAACAUUGUCGUCUGGCUUCUGUAGACUGUUGCGAUCAAUUCUGUCACCAUUAAUGGCAGGUCCUAACUUGCAUUCAUGCUUCACAGAUGUCACUUUGUGUAUACAAAGAAGGAAACAUUUGUUCCUUUAGGGCAUAGUGCCUUGUACUUGAAAUAAAUGAAUGACCUAGGGGCACCUGGGUGGCUCAUUCAGUUAAGCGUCUGACUCUUGAUUUUGGCUCAGGUCGUGAGAUCUUGCGUUCGUGAGAUCAGGCCCCGCAUCCAGCUCUGUGCUGAUAACACCGAACCUACUUGGGAUUCUCUCUCUCCCAUUCUCUCUCUCUCUCUCUAUCAAAAUAAAUAAAAAUAAACUUAACAAAAUAAAUCAUUGGCACAGGUUCUUUUGAGAACAGUGUCUGAUUUCUGGCUUUAGGGAAAAGAAUGAUGUAUAAAAUUGAUGAGUGGUGGGCUCAAGGGUAUCAUCAUGGCUUGUGUGCCAAAUGGAUCUGAAUUUGAGGGAAGCCCAAAGCACAGUGUCUCACAAGUGUAUUUUCUCUGAUGUUUUCCACAACUGAAGACAUUAAUAAAUUCAUAGAAAUUCUA